UGUUUACUUUUAUGUCGGUGGCGCAUUUUGUGUUUCUCUAUAGAAUACGAAAUUACUGAAUCAUUAAAAUAAAAUUAUGAACGAUACUAAGCUUAUUCCUCUCAAUCAAAGUGAUUUGAAUUCAUCUUACACAGAAGAAGUUCGCAUCGAACUGCAGAAAUUGUACAAAACCGAGUUAAUAGUGAAAAUAUUAAAGCUACAAAAUUCACCGAUUUCCGUUGAUGGGAGAGCGCUGCUGAGCAUGCAUCUGAACGACAAUCCUCUGCCGUUAGGUUUGGAUCGCAUACGAAAUGUCGAGUUGAACUAUCUAGACCGACUGAAAGUGAAUGAAUUUUUAGAAAAUGAAAUAACCGUGCGUACGAAGUGUGUAGUUGAUAAAAUGUCUCGCAUAUCCGGAAAUAAAUUGAAUUCACUUGCCCAUCCUUCGUACAAGGACUACCUGGAAGUGCUCGACCUGGAAGCCGAGAAGCGGAAAUUAACAGAAGAGUUGAUCAGAUUAAAAAAUCGUAAAGUGCAUUUUAUGAAUCUUUGUGCAGAGAUGAGAACUGGUCCAUACCAGAAAAAUACUGUGGAAACCAAAAAUGCGGAAUGCAAAACAUUACAAAUUAAAGCAGAGACAAUACAAAAAGUUAUGAUCCAUGAGGUGACUACGAGUACGGCGCAUGCACUGAAAGCAGUUAAGGAGGUUGAAUCGAACAUCGAUACUCUUCUUAGUCUGAAAUAAGGUAAGCAAGUUAUUUUCAUUUUUGUUGAUCUCUUUUGAAGACGCCAACCUGCCUUAAUCCGUUAUUAAAGUAACCAGAGCGGUUCCACGCAAAAUCCAAUAAUCCGUCGGUUUUUUAGUAUCCAAUAAAAUCGAUAAGACAAA